UUGCAGGCUCUGCGAUUUGAUAAUCGCAUCAUUUCAAAUCGCGAUUUCGAUUUAAAAUCGAUUAAUCGUUCAGCCCUAGUCUAAGUUCACUCUUCCUGGCCUGUAUCUGACAUCAAACCUGCAGUUCGAAAUCCGGAUAGGCCAACACAGGUGGGUGUGAAAGCGUGUCAAUCAGCUGUUCAAGGAUCCUUUGGUGAUCAUCAGUCCACAGGACAGGUGUCCUUGAGGGCAGCUGAGCUCCUUUUCCCACCUUAUGUUUCCCCUGUGUCACGGUAGAGUUUCCUUUAAUUUUUAACAGAUCAUAAACUGGUUUUGCAAUGCUUGAGACGUUUUGAAUAUAGGCUCUAUAGUAGCUUCAGAAACCCAGUAACUUCCGCACUUCUCCAACUGUGCUUGGCCUCUUCUCUUUCAGGGUCAUGAUGGCAUCAAUGUCUUUUGGGUCAAUCCUGACACCGUCUGCAGAGACCAGCUUCCCAACAUACCUGACCUCUUUCUGGAACAGCUCACACUUUGUUGGUCGAAGCUUGACACCAUGGGACUGCAAGGCUCUCAGGACUUGACGUACUCCCUCAAUAUGGCUAGUGAAGGAGUCGGAGUAGCAGAGGAUGUCAUCGAGGUAAGGGAUACAGCAGUUGUCACGCAGAGAGUCCAACAUUUCCUCCAUGCUGCGCUGAAAAGCAGCAGGGGCGUUGGAGAGUCCAAAAGGUAUCUUCACCCACUCAUACAGCCCCCAAGGGGUGAUGAACACCGUCAUGUGUCUGGAUCCUUCAGCAAUGUAGCCUUGGUGGUAGGCCUUGCCUUGGUCUAAAAUGCUGAACCAGCUUUGGCCUUUUAGGGUGUCGAUCAGGGUGGGAAUUUCACGACGGCCACGACGGCCAUGGCCGUCGUUGCCCCGCACUUUGGCCGUGAUGCCCUGUGAAAAAAAAUGCAAUUCACGGCCAAAGUAGCCUUUGUGCCCCUGUCAAAAGUUCCAGUGUAAACAACGCUAGUGAAGUCAUAUUAGUGCGUGCAGUUGGAUAGUCCCGUGUCUGUGGAUCAGAGCGAUUGCUCUGCUGUGAUUGUUCCGUCAGACAUGCCGUGUAAACAAUGCUAGUAAAGUCAUAUUAGUGUGCGCAGUAGGAUAGUCUGUGGAUCAGAGCGAUUGCUCUGCUGUGAUUGUUCCGUAAGACAUGCCUGUAGGGGCCCGACAGCCUCCUCCUCAGCCGCGGGAGCAAGACAAGCACAGAUCUCCCAUUGAGGGUGUCAAACCGGACAGUAACCCCCGUAGUGCCAUGGCUGAGGUGUUAGGACAUAGGAGCUUGUUGGGCUUUGGUGUUGUGUUGGCAUGGCUGGUGCUGUUCCACCUGCUGGUCAACAUAUGGCUGCUGUGCGUGUUCACCAGCCUGCUGGUGGUGCUCGGGGGCUGGCUCGGGUCACAGGCCGUCCUGGAGUCCAACAGUGUGGUUCACCUGGAGAGGUUCAUCACCAUGGAACAGGUUCCACCAGCUGUGGAGGAUGAGCACAAAUUGGACCAGGAGAUUCACAACACUGUGUGGAAAAUCAUCAGAGACUUUGUCACCUCCUGGUACUCCACUGUGUCCUCUGAGAGUGGGUUCGAGACAGAGGUUCAAGAGGCUAUGAUCUCUAUGGCCAUGGAGCUGAAAAUACGUGCUAGACAGCUCGACACGAAGGAGUUGACCCAGAGGAUCCUGGAUCUGUUUGGCUGCCACCUGCAGGACUACAUCAGAGCCAAAGAGCUGCUGACUGAAACGCCUCGGACAGCAAAGUACAGCGGUGAGUGCGAGCAGCUGUGGAAAGCGUAUUCCAUGGUUACCACGCCUCAUCUCGCCAUGAGCAGCGACACGAUGGAAGUCAACUACACCAGAGCGGUCACAGAUUUGUUGCUGCAUGUUUUGGUUCCUCCUCCUCACUUAGAGACCCGCACCGGCCGCUUCGUUGUCGGAGAACUCAUCACCUGCAACGUUAUGCUCCCUCUCAUUGCUAAACUGUCGGACCCGGACUGGUUAAACUUUCUCGUGAUCGGCAUAUUCAACAACUCCUGCAAACCACAGGAGCCAAUUAAAUCAGAGCUACUUGCUUCAUCCCCAUCUCUACCACCACCGCCUGCUGAAUCCGAGCUUGCUCCACCGCAAGAGACCACAUACGUUCCCCAGAAGAAUAAUUACGUUUCUGUGACUGAAGCUGUCAAAGACACAGAGAUGGCCUCGCCUGAGCUGGCAGCCUAUGAUGUGAUUGACUCCGAGGAGAUGAACGAGAAUAUAACUGAAGAAGAAGAACCCACUCUACCCUUUUUGAGGCGUUUCACGAGAGGAACCAAGUCAAACCCAUUUUACCAGGAGAACGACUCUGACCUGGACUCUCCUUCCGCUGACUAUAAGCAAAGUUCCAUUGAUUCCCUAGUCAUGAUCAGCCUAGAGGACAACAGUAAUGGUGGGGACCUGGAGGAUGUUUGCCCCAGUCCAGUGGAUAGUUCUUGUCCUAAAGUCCUGGUGAAUUCAGAACCGGUGGGGCAUCCUUAUGAUCUGUCGUCAGCUAGGAAGGCAGAGGGGACUCCUGGUAACGGUAGACUUCAGGACGUGGACAAGGAGGGCAUUUCUCCUUUAGUAAAUCCAGCCAGAGAGUUUCUUCUGGGACUAGAGACGCCUGGGUUGGGGAAUCCCAAUGAGCUGACUGUCAGUCCGUUACAGGGCUCCUCCCCUAUACAGUCCUUCAGUUUUGAGCCCCUCAGCAGCCCUGAUGGACCGAUCAUGAUCCAGAACCUUCGCAUUACUGGCACCAUCACAGCCAAAGAGCACCGCGGCACCGGAUCACACCCCUACACCCUUUACACUAUCAAAUACGAGACAGCAAUGUGCUGUGAGAACGCAGAAGGGGUCCAGCUGGGCUCUGAGGAGGCUGAAGCACCCCCCUCAGGCUGUGAGAAUCCAUCGCCCAUUCAGCAGGUGGCCUAUCACAUGGUCAACAGACGCUACAGCGAGUUCCUCAACCUGCAAACACGACUGGAAGAGAAAACUGAAGUACGGAAACUCAUCAAAGGUGUGAAAGGUCCAAAGAAAGUCUUUCCAGACAUGCCGUUUGGAAACAUGGACAGUGACAAGAUAGAGGCCAGGAAAGGACUUCUGGAGACCUUUCUUAAGCAACUUUGUUCCAUCCCUGAAAUCGCCAACAGUGUGGAGAUGCAGGAGUUUCUGGCUCUCAAUACAGACGCCAGGAUUGCCUUUGUCAAGAAACCUUUUAUUGUGUCACGCAUAGACAAGAUUGUGGUGAAUGCCAUCGUGGACACUCUGAAGACAGCGUUUCCUCGUUCUGAGCCUCAGAGCCCGACAGAGGAUAACGAGUCAGAGAUGGAUGGAGGGAAAAUGAGUACAGACAAGAAGAGGUCUCGUCUGAAGUUCUCCAGUAAAAGCAUCCCCUUUAUGAACGGCUCAGACAUUAGACCUCCGCUCUUGUUCAGUUGGGACCAAAUUAGCACAGUGUUUAGCGGGAUGUCUUUUGGAGACUUGCAAGCGUUUAUCACUGAUCAAGAAAAACUGUCUGUCAGAAUCGAAUCAGAGAGGGAGGGCAGUCCCGUGAGACGAGAAUUCGGAGGUGAUAUUUGUGACCGCAUGAGAAGGAAUCACAGUCAGGAACCUGCCUCUGAGAUGGAGCUGGCUGAGGUGGCUCUGAACAUCCUGUGUCUGCUGAUGAAGGAGCAGUGGAGCUGGUUGUGCACCGAAAACAUUCAGAGGACCAUCAGGCUGCUGUUCGGGACCCUUAUCAACAGAUGGCUGGAUGUGAGCGUAGCCAACCUGACAGCCACUGCAUAUUGGGUGGUGUACCUGCAGGUCAUCCAGGAGUCUGUGUGGCCAGGAGGAGCCCUGCCCACUGCCCCUCAACUUGAACGCAGCCAGCAACAGAAGGACAGCACCAGGCAACAAGCCUUACACUGUCUGAUGAGCCUCCUACCAGAUCUGGUCUCUGACAUGUUGGGCUCAAACAAGUACAAACUGAGCUGGGAGACUGCGCUGGACUCUCUUCAAAACCCCUACAUUAACAGACAUCUGGUCUUCUGCCUAUUUGAUCUUCUGUUGGAGUUCCUGGUUCCUGAAAUACCCAUGGAGGGCUUCCAGAGGAGCCUCCUGCACAGUCUCUCCAAGAACCCCGAGAAGCUGCUGGCAUGAGAGGAACACCAACACACCCAGAUGAAACCUCCAUCAUCUGGACUGAUCUUUCACCAAUGUUGACCGCUCCUGUUCUGCUAACGUUCUGCAAGACUGAGAGUGUCAGUGAAUGUUUCUGGUCGACCAAAUACUCUCUGUCCCCUCUUUAAUCUUUGAAGUUUCCUCAGGCCUGACUUUAAUUAUGUGUUGAUGCAUCGUCAUACAAGGCUGUAUACAUACACAAUAGCACAAACUGCAGAUGAAACGGCUUUGAUUCCAUUGAAACACCUGGUUUGUGUUUGAUCUCAGAACAGCUCUGAAGUACUGGUCAGAUCUAAACAUGUGGCAAAGCCUUUUCCAAUCUCUACAUCAGGCCUUUUCCUGCUCGCUAAACUCUCUGGCUUUAGUGAAACUCACUUCAGAUGGUCUUUGCGCUCUGCCCUCAUUCCCUCUCGCAGUUUUGGGGUAAAAAAGAUUUGCUCUAAUCUCGAGAAGGAGGAUUUGCUUUUCACCCCCAAAUUAAAUCUCAAAAUGCUCUAUUUCUAUUCUCUGUUGAACCAUUCCACAAUAUCCUACUGGCUCUGUAUCAAGACAGACAUGUCAUUAUGACUUAAUGUGAUCUAUACAUCCUAAAUCUGAGCCUUCCUGAGGGAUUGCAUGUAUCUGGCAGGGUUUUGUUCUUUACUUCCCCAGGUGUAGGAAAAGUACAUACUGUGGUGUAGUGAAGAGUUGACCAUAAGAUAUUUGACUGGCUUCACAAUGCGUCACAGUUCUUUAACAGGUCCCUCUGAGAAUGAUAUGUGCAGUUAAUGUCUGAAUUAUAUAAGAACUGGGCUCCACUAAACCGGUAUUUGAAGGAUUUAGGAUUGGUUUUGGUCCACUCAACGCGAACAUUGAACUGCUGGAGUUCCCUCACUUUUUCUCCCCUUAACUUUUAGUUCUAUAAAUCCAUGCUAUCCAGUCCAGAAAUGUCUGUGUAUACCCAAAAUGAAAUACCUCAUGUCAGUCGAUGUUGUCCCCGUGAUGUUAAACCAAUGGUUUGUUUGCUACGGUAUUCAAGCCUUACGUUUUCCAUUUUGGCUGUUGGCAUAUUGGCUUUCUGGAACCAUCAGUCACACGAAGGGGUGUGAGCUAGGUACAACUAAACGCUAAAAUAACAUUUAAAUGCCAAAAAAGGUUACAGUUAACGGAACAAACAAUAAAUGGGUUGAAGUUGUAAGACAGAAACACGGACAACACCCAAACCGGACAACAUCAUGGGAGCAACUUGCCCGGCCCUAAAACAAAUGUCUUAUUAUACCCUUAUUGUGACCAUCACUUAUAAAGUGAACAUCAUGCAUUGUUGAAGAAGACUUGAAACUAGUGAUUGAGACUAUAGACCUUAAACGAGAAUGAUUACUAAGUUAAUAAAUCAAGUGAGAAGUAGGGUCGAUUUUCAUAGACUUCUAUACAUUCAUACUUGUUUUUAUAGGCAGGGAAGUUGCCCCCUUCUGGCUAUUAGAGACAAGAGACAAGUACAUUUUGGAUCUGAUCGGCAGUUAUAUGGUUAUUUUUGCAUCUCACAUUUAAUUUAUCCACCUGAUUGGUGAGUCAUUUGCCGCAGCUUUUCCAAAAGUGGAAAAGGAUCAUUUAUUUUUUCCUGGUUAAUACAAAGUCCUGCAAAUACAGUUCUAUCAGUCAGUCGAUCCCUGCAAACAGAUGGGCUGGAUUAAACAGAUUCUGUUGUGGAUAUAUUCAAUUACUCAUUCCAAACAUCCACCUUUGCUCUUCAAAGUCAUACAGUUUGAUAACUGUGGUCAUUAUCUGCUCAACUUAGAAACCUUGUGAAAAGUUUGAAUGGUGUAACCACCCGGUAAAGAGAAAUGUUCAACAUAUUGUAGAAGGUUUUUGCACUUUGUAAAUAUGCCUUACCGUCUUACUGCCUUCAUGGUGGUUACACAAACAAUCAGCACUUCAUUUCUCAGUUGGAUAGAGACAAUGAACAAUAAACUGUUGUAGUUUGCUGACGAAUAUCCAAAGUAUGUUACAAUACAGGUUAUCCUUUAUAUCAAUUACAGUGUAACCAUAAUGUCUUAUCACAGGCUGUCUUAACAUUCUUCAGUUGCAGCUGGCCAGAAGGAUCAUCGAGAGUUAACCUUUUCUGGAAACAUUUUAAGGUUCCAAAAUGUUAUGUCUUGAAUUUGGACAGGUUGUUAUGUACAUUAUAAAGCUGCAUCAUUUUGUGUUUAAUUUUUACGAGUACAGAGUUCAGAUUGGUCAGGCUGAUAUUAAGAUAUGCAGUACUUUCUCAAAUAUCAAAUAAGUCUCCUGGGACUGAAUCUGCAUAUCCAGUUCAAUCAUGUGGAGUUCUGAUGCCAGGUUCCACAAAUGUUGCAUUCCAUCUUGGAAGUAAAAAACAAGUUUUGCAUUCCACUGUUUUGCACUCGUAUCAUGGUCCAAUUUGUUUCCUUCCCGUUGUGUAAUCUUGUGAUUCAGCCUAUUUAUUGCCCUAUUUAUUUGUUUGAUUUACUAAAUUAUGACUUUUCCGAGGUGUCUGCACUGACAGAGAGGUGCGUCCUCGUUUAUGAAGUGCUUUUAACUGGAUCUUGCCUCACAAGGCGACUUGAUAACGUUUGUUUUGCCUGUCCUGCAGCCUCUGUAGGACAUAAGCACUAAGCUACAGCUCUCUGUAAUAAAACCUUUUUAAAAAAAAUCAUGUAUCACAUUUGCAUAAAGAUGUUACAGUUAUUUGUUUAGAAGAUUUUCUUUUUGCUUGCUGACAUGUGUUGUCAUGAAGGAAUCCUAUGUAUGUUGCCAUGUGAGACACAACACAUAAUCAUGCUUGUAUUUAACAUUGCAUAUUUCUGAUAAUGAGAUCUUGGUCUUUACUUUAUCACUUUUGCUUGUUAUAACAUAAGUUGGUACAUGGUUGUAAUGAGAAAUCAAAGCAAUGCCCAUAUUAUGGACGGUGUCGCCUGCUUUGACUUGAAAUAUUGACAGUGAGUAAAUUAUAUUUGGUUAUGUUGUAUUUAAUGCCUGGGAUGAGACGGCCAAUGCACAGUAUAAUACAAAGUUAGAAUAAACAAUGCUUUGCAAGUAUACAAAAAACUACAACACCCAUCAAGUACUCCAUUCUAAAUGUUGUGCAUAUUUAAAUAUAUUUCACUGAAUUUUCAGAAAAUCUGCAUAAGAAAAUUCAUUUAUGCAUUUUCAUCCACUACUGUUACGCGCAGCUAUAUCCAUAAGUUCACCAAAGUAAUUUUUGAGAACUUCCACAAUAUGACCAAUGUCAACGUGAUGAACGUUUUUCUACAUCUAGAAAAUAAGCUUUGUGGAAGUUCUCAAAAAUUACUUUUAAUACAUAAAACACUUUUAGAAUGACUGAUUGCAAUAUCUCUUUUUUACAACAUUAUACCAACUUAUUAUGUUAUAAGAAGAAACGUGUUUAGCCCUAAUGGAGCAUUUUAUGUAAUACUGAACAUUUAUUUAUAUAGCAAGAUAAAAAACAUGUUACAGCGUGAAAAAAAUAAUUGGUAUGUAGCAAUAGAUUAAAAGUUGUCAAAAUAAUGAAACAUUUCUUAACAUAACUAGGAAAAUUCUGCUCGAGAAGUGACCAAAAACGAAUACUUAUUUUAAUUUGAAUGGCAGCAACAUGCUUCCGUACUUUUCUGCUUUAUAGAUGUCACAUUACUUAUGUUAAAAAUGCACAGUGCUGUUUGUCUUUGGAACGUUACAUAUUUAUGCCAAAUGUUACUUAAAGCUGCCAAUGUUUUAUAAACACUGACCAUAUAGAUAUUAUCUGUUGUUGAGAAGUAUAUUUGAGUAAGCAUAGUAUAUAGGUAUACGUUAUACGGUGAAACUGUAAGCUGUAAGCCUGUUCUCUUUCACCUUUACACUCUUUCUCACCCUUCUGUCCCGUGUCUGGUGUUCAUCUCCUCUGUCACUUGUGGACACGUGGCAUUGUGUUGUACACUGUGAAACUCCAUUUGCUAGCACGUAUUGUUUCACAGUCGUUGCUGGGUGUUCCUGAACAUAUUUGCAAAAACAAUAAAGAUACCAAACAUGAGUUAUUAAACCUUCAA